GGUUGAGGCGAGAGCAAUCAGAUCAUUACUCUCACUUCUCUGUGUGCAAUUCAAAGCAGUGAAACAACUCAUCAAACUGAGGCCCGAUAAGAAAAAUGGCGAGUUACGUGGUCCUCCAAGCCGGAAAGAAUCCCAAGUUGGCUCAUGCUGGAGCUAACUUGGCCAAGAGCAGCAUUUUGGUUCCUAAGGUCAUUUCCAGGUCCAUCGAGACUGAAGGGGGUCCCAUAGGGACUGACUCAUCAGUACCAGGAGCUACAUCACACUCCAGUGAGAGCAUUUCAAACCCGGCUGCAGUGUCGACGCCGACGGAUAAUGUGACGCAAGCAUCAAACUUCUCGACUGGCACUAGGUCUGCAACUGAAGACUUGACUGAGAGAGCAAAGCAAAAGCUGCAGGAUGCUUGGAAUUCUGCUCGAGACACGGUUGUUGACAAGGCUAGAGAGACCAAGGAAUCCAUCAAAGACGCUGCAUCGGAGGUUGAAGAGUCAAUGAAUACUAAAAACGACUAAGGAUAAGGCUUUCCCUGUUUGAGAAGUCAACCGGAAUCUACGCUGUUUGAUCGGUUUACUUUUUCAGUUAUUGCAUUUUCCCUUUUCAUUCUCCACUCAGAAGACAUUUGAUUUCUUAUAUUAUGUCAAAUUGAUGUAAGCUGUUCUUGAUCAUUGUAAUAGCACGUAAGUUUGAUUCUUCAAAUGUUAAUAAAGCUCUAAGCUUUUGUU